CUUGAAGAAUGUGCGCAUUGGGCUUCCUCCGGGUUUCUCUUCCGUUACUUCGUGGUAAUACAUGGAUGCCCAUCUUUGGGGUCGUGUUCGAUUGGGGAGAUCAUUUGCAACGCAGUUUCUGUGCUUGUGGGUUGAAGUGAUGAUAUUUUUGAGGCGCGUUUGAAGCAGAGCAGUCCGAUUGGGCUGGCUGCAGGACCAAUUCAACUCUGAACCAACAACAUCCAACCCCAGACUGACACCCACGAAAAGGACUUGACGAGAACACUACUCAUCAGAAAAGUUGACAAUGGCCGAGACCGAUAGGAUCAAGGAACUCGAAGCAAUCACCAACGCCCUAGACGAAUACCAAGCCAAAAAACUGUUUUCGUUGGAGCUUCGACGCGACUUGAUUGGCCAGGAAGCUUCGUUCGACAACUCGCAGGACAUCGACGAUGACGAGAACCUUCCGGAGAACGUCCAUCAGAUGGAAGUCGAUGGCAAACUGCUGAAGAUCUUGGACUACGAUUUGAAUGCUUAUGAGUCUCACCUGUCCGCAGUCCAAUUCAACUGGAUCGAGGCUGCCGCAAAGGAAAAGUUCAUCGCUAGUACGAUCUUGGAGGAAAACGGAUUGAGCUGUUCGUCUGACGAGAUCCAAAGACUGAAUGAGACCAACACGGAAUACGUUAGCAUACUCAAGAAUUUACACGCGUCGAUCGACCGAGAUGAAAGCAAGAUCCUAGAGAUAGCGCAGGAGCUCGAAGAGCGAUACACGAAUUCGCAGGCGACCUAUAAACUGAACCGCUUACUGACGAACGACAUAGCGGAUCUAGAGCUGGAGUUAAACGAGCUGAAGAUGAACCAGAAGGAGGAAGACGUGGAGCUGAUGACGAUCAGCGAGGCCACUGAGGCCGCCGGCGAUCUCGAACGUCAGCUGAUGGAAAUGGCCGCAAGACACUCGGAAAACAAUCAGGAAAUCCCCAGACUGAAGGCCCAGUUCGCUAAGGAAGUCAAGCUCGUCGACCAGCUUAGGGUCGAACGGAACGCGCUCGAGAAGGCCGAUGGCGAUCGAAGAAGGACUCUGGGUGGACGGACCAAGUCUACUUCGCUUGCCAAAUUGGAAGCCGCUCGGGCUUGGUUGAAUAAUACCACUCAAACUUUCAAGGCCUCGAUGGGAAUCCUAUCGAUAGAUGUUUCCGGACCCGAUCCAUUAUGUCCCACCAAGCUACAGAUCAAGUUCGGCCUUCGACAUCCAUUAACCGGCACCCUUGUCCUCGACUUCGCCAACUCUCCAGCCCUCGGGACCUUGACAAUCUCCUCGGCCUAUCAUCCCAAACUCAAUCAUCGCACUUUUUUGGUGUCUUGA